AAUGACGCUUAGUAGCGCCAAUGGGAUGGAGCGGAGGCUGGUCUUCCCGCCCCAUUGGGUAGGGGCUAGCGGUUUCCUGUAGCGGCGACCGGGAGGGGCGGCGGAGGGGGGGCUUGGCGAGUUCGCGUCCCGUGAUCCCUGGCCUCCAGAGACCUUGCACCCCUGCAGCCACACCAAGAUGAUGGGCUGCGGGGAGGCAGAGCUGGAGUUGGCGGAAGGGGAGGAGGCCCUGGCGGCCCCCGGGCCACCCCCAGAACCCCGCGCCCCGGAGCCCAGAGCCCCAGUGCCCGAGCCUGGCCUGGACCUGAGCCUGAGCUCGCGGCCGAGACCCCCGAGCGACCGACCCUGCCCCGGCCAGCGGAAGGGGCGGGCGGACCGGCGGGGCGGGGCCCGCAAGGGGCGGCAGGUCCGCUUUCGCUUGGCGCCGCUCUCCCCCGUGCGGUCCGAGCCUCCGCCGGCCGCCGCAGCACCUAGCGAGAAGCCCGCGGCACCGCAGGACCUGGGGGCGCCCGCGCAGCAGAGCAGCCUGGCUUUGAGCCUCGAAUUGCAGGCCGCGCGGGCUGCAGCCGGGGGCCAGUUCGAUGCCGCGAAGGCCGUGGAGGAACAGCUGAGAAAGUCGUUCCAGACCCGCUGCGGCCUGGAGGAGAGCGUGGCCGAGGGGCUGAACGUGCCGCGCUCCAAGCGGCUCUUCCGAGACCUGGUGAGUCUGCAGGUGCCCGAGGAACAGGUUCUGAACGCUGCGCUGAGGGAGAAACUGGCGCUCCUGCCACCGCAGGCUCGAGCCCCGCCCCCAAAGGAGCCACCUGGGUCAGGGCCAGACAUGACCAUCCUUUGUGACCCAGAAACAUUAUUUUAUGAGUCUCCACACCUGACCGUGGACGGUCUGCCUCCUCUCCGUCUUCAACUCCGGCCCCGCCCUUCAGAGGAUACCUUCCUCAUGCACCGGACACUGAGACGAUGGGAAGCGUAGACGUGCAGGUUCCCUGGAUGGCUCGUUAAUAUUUUUGUGUUAAAACUUUUUCAGAAUAAAGUGGUUUUGCUAACAAA